AUGACCAAACUCCGACGACUCGCCGCAUCCGGCGGGCUGUUGCUGCUAUCCGCAACAUUGGGGUCAAUCUCCCCCGUCGCCGCGACCACCGCAGACACCAGCACGAUCUACACCCCCCUCCACGAAACCGGGCGGUGCGCAAUCCGCGGCCACUGCGGUUCCAAGAGCUUCUUCGGCGCCCAGCUGCCCUGCGUCGACAACGGCCUCGCCUCCGAACCCGACGCAAAGCUGCGCGCGCAGCUGACCGAUCUCUGCGGGGCGAAAUGGGCGGAGGGUCCCGUCUGCUGCGACGGCGAGCAGGUGGACGCGCUCAAGUCGAAUUUGCAGACAGCCAGCCAGAUCAUCUCGACGUGUCCGGCAUGCAAGGAGAAUUUCUAUAAUAUGUUCUGCACGUUUACGUGCUCGCCGGACCAGUCGCUGUUUAUUAAUGUGACCAAGACGAUGGAGAAGAAUGGGAAGACACUCGUGAGGGAGUUGGAUCAGUUGAUUUCGGAGGAGUAUGGGACCGGGUUGUAUGACAGUUGCAAGGAUGUCAAGUUUGGGCCUACGAACUCGCGGGCUAUGGACUUGAUUGGGGGCGGGGCGAAGGAUUAUACGUCGAUGCUCAAGUUUCUGGGCCAGGAACGGUUUGGUGGGUCGCCGUUCCAGAUGAACUUCCCGGGGAGUUAUGAGGGGGAGAAGGAGAUGGGCCCACUGCCGUUGAAGCCCAAGAAGUGCAACGACGAGGACCCCAGCUUUCGGUGCGCGUGCAUCGACUGCCCGCAGGUGUGUCCGGAGCUGCCCGCUGUGGUAAAGGCUGGGUCAUGUCGUGUGGGUGUGUUGCCGUGUUUGUCGUUUGCGUCGAUCUUGACGUAUGGUGUGCUGCUGUUUAUAUCUCUGGCUGCGGUGGUGGGCCACGUCGCGUGGAGCAGACAUGCCCGGCGUAGGAGCGAGCGGCUGAGGCUUCUCACGGACGCGGCGCCGAGUGAUGAUGAGGACGAAGGGGACUUGACACAGAACGGGGCCAUGUUUGACCGGCCGCAGCGGACAUAUAUCGUCAACACGUGGUGCGAUGCCGCGUUUGCACGACUGGGCCAUAUUGCGGCGCGGUUCCCGGCGUUGACAAUCGGUACGAGCACGCUUCUCGUGGUGCUGCUCAGUAUCGGGUGGGUCAACUUUGAGAUCGAGAAGGACCCCGCGCGGCUGUGGGUGAGUCCGACGUCCGAGGCCGCGCAGGAGAAGGCAUUCUUCGACGAUAACUUUGGACCGUUCUACCGCACCGAGAAGAUCUUCCUCGUCAACGACCUCAACAGUUCGGCCGCCGGGCCCGUGCUGAGCUACGACACGCUGCGCUGGUGGAUGGACGUGGAGGCGGGUAUCCAGAAGCUGCGGGGCGACAAGUACGGCAGUACGCUGCAGGACCUGUGUCUCAAGCCGACGGGUGAUGCGUGCGUGGUGCAGUCUGUCGCGGCGUACUUCCAGGACGACCCGAAGCAGAUCGACCCCAAGGGCUGGAAGGACCAGCUGCGGGAGUGUGCGGACUCGCCUGUGGGCUGUCGCCCGGCAUAUGGCCAGCCACUAGAGCCGAAUAUGAUUCUGGGAGGCUACGCCGGGUCAGGCGAUCCGGCGGAGGCCACGGCCAUGACGGUUACCUGGGUCCUGAACAACUACCCCGAGGGCUCGUCCGAGGCAAGCCGGGCGAUGGAUUGGGAGGAAGCUAUGAAGGACCGCCUGCUAGCUCUUCAGGGUGAAGCUGCCGCGCGGAAUCUGAGGCUCUCGUUUUCGACCGAGAUUAGCUUGGAGGAGGAGCUCAACAAGUCGACCAACACGGACGCCAAGAUCAUUGUCAUCAGCUACAUCAUCAUGUUCCUGUACGCGUCCAUUGCGCUAGGGUCGACGACGCUGUCGUUCAAGGACCUAAUACGCAACCCGGCCGUCUCGCUGGUGGAAUCCAAGUUCACGCUCGGCGUGGUGGGCAUCGCGAUUGUUUUGAUGUCCAUCACGGCGUCCAUCGGUCUCUUCUCGAAGCUGGGCCUCAAAGCCACGCUCAUCAUUGUCGACGUUAUCCCCUUUAUCGUGCUUGCCGUGGGCGUGGAUAACAUCUUCCUGAUCGUCCACGAGUUCGAGCGCGUCAACACCAGCUACCCCGACGACGUGGUCGAGGUGCGCAUCUCCCGCGCGCUUGGCCGCAUGGGCCCAUCGAUUUUGUUUUCCGCCAUCACCGAAACGGCUUGCUUUGCGCUCGGUGCGUUUGUCGGCAUGCCCGCCGUGCGCAACUUUGCCAUCUACGCCGCGGGUGCGGUGCUCAUCAAUGCCAUCCUACAGGUCACUAUGUUCGUAUCGGUCUUGACGCUGAACCAGAUCCGGGCCGAGGACUCGCGGGCGGACUGUUUCCCCUGUGUCCAGGUCAAGUCGGCGCGGAUUCAUCUCAACGGAAAUGGUGGCGUGGGGGCGACGAACGGGGCCGCCCGGUUCUACGAGGCGCCGUCGGAGAGCUUACUGCAACAGUUUAUUCGCAAGACGUAUGCGCCGAGGCUGCUGGGGAAGAAGACCAAGGCGGUGGUUGUUGCCGUCUUCCUGGGCAUAUUUACGGCCGCGGUCGCGUUGCUGCCCGAGGUUGAGCUGGGGCUAGACCAACGGGUUGCGAUCCCGGAUGAUUCAUACCUGAUCCCGUACUUUAACGAUCUCUACGACUACUUCGACGCGGGCCCGCCGGUGUACUUUGUCACGCGCGAGUUCAACGGCACAGAGCGCGAACAGCAACAAAAGAUCUGCUCUCGUUUCACGACGUGCGAGCAGCUAUCCCUGACCAACAUCCUCGAGCAGGAACGCAAGCGCGAAGAGGUCUCCUACAUCGCGUCCCCAACCGCCGGCUGGAUGGACGACUUCUUCCAGUGGCUCAACCCCGACAACGAAGCUUGCUGCGUCGACCGCCGCCGCCCUUGCUUCUCGCGCCGUGACCCGGCCUGGAACAUCACUCUCGCCGGCAUGCCCGAAGGCGACGAGUUCCUCCACUACCUCUCCCGCUUCCUCACCGCGCCCACCAACGAAGACUGCCCGCUCGCAGGGCAAGCCUCCUACGGAUCCGCCGUCGUCAUCGACCAAUACCACACCACCAUCCGCGCUAGCCACUUCCGCACCAUGCACACCCCGCUCCGCAGCCAAGACGACUUCAUCCGCGCCUACGCCUCGGCCCGCCGCAUCGCCCACGACGUCAGCGCCACCACGGGCUUAUCCAUCUUCCCCUACUCCGUCUUCUACAUCUUCUUCGACCAAUACGCCACCAUCGUCGGCCUCACCACCGCCCUCCUCGGCUCUGCCCUCGCCAUCGUCUUCCUCGUCUCCUCCAUCCUUUUGGGGUCUAUCCUCACCGCCGCCGUCGUCACCUUAACCGUCGGCAUGGCCGUCACCGACAUCGUCGGCGCCAUGGCCGUGCUAGGCGUCUCCCUCAACGCCGUCUCCCUGGUCAACCUCAUCAUCUGCGUCGGCAUCGCCGUCGAGUUCUGCGCACACGUCGCUCGCGCGUUCACUUUCCCCGCGCGGACUUUCCUCGAGCGUGCGCGGAGUCGGUUCCGGGGGCGGGAUGCGCGUGCGUGGACGGCGCUGGCGAAUGUGGGCGGGAGUGUGUUUUCGGGGAUUACGAUUACGAAAGUGCUGGGGGUGGCGGUGUUGGCUUUUACGAGGAGUAAGAUCUUUGAGAUUUAUUAUUUUAGGGUGUGGGUGGCGCUGGUGGUGUUUGCGGCGAGCCAUGCGUUGGUUUUCUUGCCCGUUGCAUUGUCUUUGGUGGGUGGGGAAGGGUAUGUUGAUCCGGAGAGUGAGGGAGGGUUGGAGGAGGAUUUGGCGAGUAGGCGGUAUCGGGCGUUGAUGCCGGGGGCGGAAUCGGAUUCGGAGGGGGAGGAGGAUGAUGAGGAUUUGUAG